AUGCGUCUCAUAACACACAACCUGCUUAUGUGCAACAAAAAGGGUGUUGUAAACGGCUACCCUCUCACUAUAAAGGCUGAUAAGGUGGAAGUAGUGACCUGCGACUUCCACUCCGCUUUUGUGCGCAAGAUGCUGACUAAAUUGGACUGGAGUGGAUUUCUCGCUGGUGCCAAGGAUCUAAAGCUCGCGGACGGUCUUCCAGAGACACUUCCAAGCUCCGAGGAAGGAGAGACAGAUGAAGAGACUUUGCGCACGAUCCAUCACGUUCUGUUGGAGGUGCAUGUGAAGCAGGGCCAGCUCGUGUGCCCCGAAUCUGGUCGUGCGUUCCCUAUCAUCGACGGCAUCCCCAACAUGCUGCUGAAUGAAGACGAGGUGUAA